UUCCUUGGCCAACCGUUUUUUCCUAUUUAAUCUUCUUCCUACCUGUGCACGACCAUGUCAGCGAAGCAGUGUUUUCUUCCCUUUCAAACUUUUUCCAAGCCAAUUUUUUCAAGCCUUCUCCAUCCCGACAAUCCCAAAUCCCACCCAGCAUUUGAAUUGUCGCGAUGUUUAGCUUGCCACUCCGCCAUGCUACAUCGGCUAGGCCCAGGUCCAUGAAGUCUCUAGUGGACCCCAAGGGCCUUUUGCUGCCGCCGAACAGCCCUUUGUUCGCCGACUAUCGGGUGGGCAGCGAUUUCCGCAAUGGGCUGCAGAGGGCCGUCGGACACCUCGACCGAAACAAAAUGACGACUGUUUUGUGCAGCAUCUUGAUCCUCGCCAUUGAGCAUGGCGAGAUAAUGUACACCAGAGGCGAAUUUGCAUUUUACACCGCCCUUAAAUAUGCGUUGAAUACGGACGGUGCGGUUGUCGAGGCCCUCGAAAAGCUGGUCGAAGAGCUAAGCGUGGAAGAUCUGGACCGCGUGUGCCUUAUCCCUCUCGAUCUCACCACCCAAGCCCUUACCAGCCUUAUCGAUACUUUGGUUCAGGCCCGUCGUCAAUAUCUUAUCCUUACCCUUUCGGGAGCGCGGAAAACCCUGAUCGUCCACCUUCUCGACAACUUCCGGUGGAGCGCGUACGACAAGUGGGAGAUGCAUCCCACCCUCCACCGGCCGCUUGACGGCGAGGGAUGGCGCGCCGACGGCUCAUACUGGUGGCGCGCGGACAUAAACAACCCCCUGGACGUCUACCCCGCCAUGCGGACCGUGGAGAGGAUACAUCCCCCAGGCUACCUUGCCUAGCACCCCGAGCUGCAAGCCAGGGUGCAGGCGGCCCAGAGAGAGGAGGAUCUGGACUUGGACGAUCCGGAGGCGCUCGAGAAGUUUUUGGCUGAGGAGGAUGAGGAGGAUGAGGAGGAGGAGGAGGAGGAGGAGGAGGAGGAGGACAUGGUCAUGGAGGACACGGUCAUGGAGGACGCCACGGCGUGAGAAUGCCGGGGCUGGGCUGCCAGAGCAGGACUGCCAGAGCUGGGAUAACUGUGCGAUACAGUUGGGCGCGCACCGUGACAAUCGAGCCUCAUGUCUGUUGAGCCGCAUUUCAGUUUUGGGCCGCGCAUGUGCGACCCCCCAACCACGUCUUUGUUCAGAGAAAACACAUUUGCCGGCCCACUCCACGCAAUGGCCUAGGAAAUCACUGGUUUUGACGAUUGAAUUAAUUCCAAUUGCAUGAGACGGG